CAUUUGAGUGAGAGAUAUAGAGAAGGAAGGAAGGAAAGUGAGCAGUCACAGACACUGACAGCCACCAGAAGUUCAAGCCUUUUUGGCAGCUGGAGGCUGGAAGAAAGGACAGAAGUGACUUGGACUGUGAUGGGGAUCUUACUGGGCUUACUGUUCCUGGGUCACCUAAUGGUGGUCACCUAUGGCCAUCCAAUUCUGGAAGCACCAGAGAACAUAAUAGGACCCUGGAAAGGAAAUGUGAAUAUUCCCUGCACCUAUAGCCCCCUGCAAGGCUACACCCAAGUCUCGAUGAGAUGGCUGAUACAACGUGGCUUAGAUCUAGUCACCAUCUUCCUACGUGACUCCUCUGGAGAUCAUAUCCAGCAGGCAAAGUACCGGGGCCGCCUGCAUGUGGGCCAUGAGGUUUCAGGAGAUGUGUCUCUCCAACUGAAUACCCUGGAGAUGGAUGACCGGAGCCACUAUACAUGUGAAGUCACCUGGCAGACCCCUGAUGGCAACCAAGUGAUGAAAGAUAAGAUCAUUGAACUCCGAGUCCAGAAACUCUCUGUCUCCAAGCCCACAGUGACAACUGGCAGUGGUUAUGGCUUCACCGUGCCCCAGGGAAUGAGGAUUAGCCUUCAAUGCCAGGCUUGGGGUUCUCCCCCCAUCAGUUAUGUUUGGUACAAGGAACAGACUAAUAACCAGGAACCCACUCAAGUAGCAGUCUUCAGUACCUUAUUCUUCAAGCCUGCAAUGGUGACUGACUCAGGUUCUUAUUUCUGUACUGCCAAAGGCCGGGUUGGUUCUGAGCAGCGCAGUGACACCGUGAAGUUUGUGGUCAAAGAUUUCUCAAAGCCACCCAACAUCAAGACUGAGGUACCUACAACUAUGCAAUCUCCCUUGGAAGCAACAUUUACAGUAACCACAUUCUGGGACUGGACCACUGAAGUGGAUGACUACUCCGGGGAGUCCAGUGCUGAAAAAGGAAAGGGCCUGCCUAUCUUUGCCAUCAUCCUUAUCAUUUCCUUGUGUUGUAUGGUGGUGUUCACCAUGGCUUAUAUCAUGUUCUUCCGGAAGACAUCCCAACAGGAGCGUGUCUAUGAAGUGGCCAGGAUGCAUGCCAGAGAGGCCAGGAAUGCUGGAGAAGCCAUGAGAGUGGCCAUCUUCACAAGUGGCUGUUCCAGCAAUGAGCCAGCUUCUGAGGCUCUGGACAACAACUAUUCUAAUGAGCCCUCCUUGGGCCAGGAGUACCAGAUCAUCGCCCAGAUCAACAGUGACUACGCCUACCUGCUGCACACACUUCCCCCAGAUUAUGACCUUCUUGCCACUGAGGGCAAGAGUGUCUGCCAAAACAUGCCCCACUAGGCCAGAGUUUUCUGACAUUAUUGCCUGUUUAGUUCCUGCCUUCUGCAUGACCCCUUUUCUUGCUAUCUUUCUUCUUAGACUGUCCAAGUGUCUUCCCUGUCAACCCUGGGGCUCUUGAGAGUGAUUGGCUUUGCCCAGUAAUUUUCUAUAUGCACCUCAAACAAUCCAGCUGCUGGAAUUGCCCCUAGACUCUUCUAGCAUCCUUGCCUGGGGCUUCUGCUGCUUCCCUCCAAACACCAAAGAGAAGUGUCCAUAGUACUAGAAUUUGGCCAUCAUGCCUCCAUUCACUACUCGAUGUUGGUGUCUUGCCACCAGGUGACCAAAGAGAGGCUCAACUCUACCAGCUCAGGGGACCAACUGGGCCCAGAUUCACUUCCCUUUCUUCAGAAGAUAGCUUUUCAUUAAUAUAGUUGUGUUACAGAUGAGGGUUCAGUUUUGCUCCUGCACUAUGAAUCUAGUGUGCUGAUAUUCUUUUGAUGUUCAAUAAAUAUUGAAUCAUGAUAGCAACAUCAAUUGUGUUGGUAUUCUUU